GAAUUUUUUUUAGUGUGGAAAAUUUUGACAGCCCACUCCACCCACUCAAUGCCUUCGAUUUGUUCUUUCUCUACUGUAUUUCUUCGCGUUUUUGAGCUCAGGUGCUCGUUUAGCGACCCGAAUUCGUGGUGUGGAGUCAGUUUUUCGUACGUUGACGAGCUCCAGAUUUGAAUCAGUUCUUCAAAUUCUAGUGGGUCGGAGAAAUCGAAGACACCCACGUUCCCAUUUCGCCGCUGGCUUUGAAUCACCUAAUCUUUUACUCUAGCUUUGUAUUUCUUCCUGGUUUGUUUCACUGGGAGUUUGAGAUGAAGAUUAGUCUCUGGUUUUACUGGGUUUUGGAGGCGAUCGGAGAAUUUCCGGCGAUUUGAUGGGCUUGAUUCUGGUAGUGGUUCAGUCUUCUUCGACCCUUCAUGGAGGAGACCUUUCGGUGUAGUCUAUGUGCUGCUCGUAAAUUUGGUGCUAAGAUUCGCUUCGUUGUUGUUCUGUUUGAGAUUUUGCUUCUAUUGUCUUUGGAUGUUGUAUAUGCAAAAUUUGAAGAUCGCCGCCUGGAAAGGGGAGCUGAAAGCAUUGUUUCGCACUCUUGCAUCCAUGACCAGAUACUCGAGCAAAAAAGGCGACCUGGGAUGAAGGUAUACUCUGUUACGCCCCAAGUUUACGAUGUAGCGGGUGCUGCAAAGCCACUUCAUAGAACGGGUAGAGCAUUGCUUGGACUUUCGGAAUUAUCAGAUCAGCAAAAGAAUGCAAAACAACCUAUUAGAAUAUAUCUGAAUUACGAUGCUGUUGGUCAUUCACCGGAUAGGGAUUGCCAAAAAGUUGGCGACAUUGUUAAGCUUGGAGAACCUCCUGUCACUGCAUCGUUUCUGGGCUCUCCUUCUUGCAAUCCUCAUAGCAACCCUCCGAUUUCGGGUGACUGCUGGUAUAAUUGCACUUUAGAUGAUAUAUCCGGGGAAGACAAAAAACAUCGUCUGCACAGGGCUUUAGGUCAGACUGCUGAUUGGUUCAGACGAGCAUUGGCUGUUGAACCCGUGAAAGGGAACUUGCGUUUAAGUGGAUACUCCGCUUGUGGGCAGGACGGAGGUGUACAACUUCCCCGUGAAUACGUUGAAGAGGGAAUUCCCAAUGCAGAUUUGGUUCUUUUAGUGACCACAAGGCCUACUACUGGGAACACACUGGCUUGGGCUGUUGCAUGUGAACGCGAUCAAUGGGGCCGUGCGAUUGCUGGGCAUGUGAACGUUGCACCUCGGCAUUUGACCGCUGAAUCAGAAACUUUACUUUCAGCUACUCUUAUACACGAGGUUAUGCAUGUCCUUGGUUUUGAUCCACACGCCUUUGCCCAUUUCAGAGAUGAGAGGAAAAGAAGACGUAGUCAGGUAACAGAACAGGUCUUGGAUGAACGACUUGGGCGUACAGUAACUCGGGUGGUUCUUCCACGUGUUGUUAUGCAUUCACGAUAUCAUUAUGGGGCGUUUUCGGAGAAUUUCACGGGUUUAGAGCUAGAAGAUGGAGGAGGGCGUGGCACUUCAGGCUCUCACUGGGAAAAGAGGCUUUUGAUGAAUGAAAUAAUGACUGGUUCGGUUGAUACGAGAUCUGUCGUCUCAAAAAUGACACUGGCUUUAUUGGAAGAUAGUGGAUGGUACCAGGCUAACUAUAGCAUGGCAGAUCGUCUCGAUUGGGGUAGCAAUCAAGGAAAUGAUUUCGUCACUUCCCCGUGCAACCUCUGGAAGGGGGCAUACCAUUGCAACACGACACAGUUGUCGGGAUGUACAUAUAAUAGGGAGGCAGAGGGUUACUGUCCAAUUGUUAGCUAUAGUGGGGAUCUCCCUCAAUGGGCUCAAUAUUUUCCCCAACCUAACAAAGGUGGACAAUCGUCAUUGGCUGAUUAUUGUACGUACCUUGUGGCUUACUCGGAUGGAUCAUGCACGGACACCAAUAGUGCUCGCGCGCCUGAUAGAAUGUUGGGUGAAGUUCGAGGAAGUAACUCAAGGUGUAUGGCCUCAUCCUUAGUCAGGACUGGGUUUGUAAGAGGUUCGAUGACCCAAGGAAACGGUUGUUAUCAGCAUCUAUGCAUUAACAAUACAUUGGAGGUAGCUGUUGAUGGUAUGUGGAAACUAUGCCCUCAAGCUGGUGGACCAGUUCAGUUCCCUGGCUUUAAUGGUGAAUUAGUCUGCCCUGCAUAUCACGAACUUUGUAGCAAAGACUUAGUUUCGGUGCCUGGAAAGUGCCCGAAUACUUGCAAUUUCAAUGGAGAUUGCAUAAACGGGAAGUGUUUUUGCUUUCUAGGCUAUCAUGGACAUGAUUGUAGCAAACGAUCUUGUCCUAAUAACUGUAGUGGUCAUGGGAGGUGUCUUUCUAAUGGACUUUGUGAAUGUGGAAAUAGUUACACGGGCAUUGACUGCUCCACCGCUAUUUGUGAUGAGCAAUGUAGCCUCCAUGGAGGUGUCUGUGACAAUGGCGUUUGCGAAUUCCGAUGUUCGGAUUAUGCUGGCUAUUCGUGCCAAAGCAGCUCCAGGCUUCUAUCGAGUCUCUCCGUUUGCAAAAAUGUACUGCAAAGGGAUAUGACUGGCCAACAUUGUGCGCCGAGCGAACCCAGUAUUCUACAGCAGCUUGAGGAAGUUGUCGUCAUGCCAAACUACCACCGUUUGUUUCCCAGUGGUGCCCGGAAACUUUUUAACAUCUUCGGUGGUAGCUACUGCGAUGCCGCCGCAAAGCAGCUGGCUUGCUGGAUCUCAAUACAAAAGUGCGAUGAAGACGGUGACAACAGACUCCGAGUAUGCCAUUCGGCUUGUCAGUCCUACAAUCUCGCUUGUGGGGCAUCACUCGACUGCUCUGAUCAGACUCUCUUCAGCAGUGAGGAGGAAGGCGAAGGGCAGUGCACGGGGUCCGGUGAGAUCAAAUUGUCGUGGUUUAAUCGACUACGCAGUAACUUAUUCGUAAGUAACAGCUCCACAAAAGGAACAUCUGUAAAAUAGUUACUUGUAGUAGGGUCAAUUUCUUUUGCUCUGUAAUUUUACCAAGGGUCUUAACUUAGGAUAGAGUUGGUACUGCAAAUGCCAUAGAUUUAGGUCUUAGUUGUGCUUAGCCCAAAAUGAUUUAAGGAAAAAAAUGGGCUGAGAAGUUUUAAAAGUUUUAGGCUUUCAAAGAUGAAAGCUAUUUGUAAAGAGAGGAUUUGUAAGUGUAUGAAUCCAUGAGGAAAAAAAGGAGAGAGAAAGAACAAGUUAAGGUGGAAAAAGCUUUGUUCAUGUAUAACAUAAACUGGCCGAAGGCCUUU